AGGAUCAGAGUACUAAAGUUAAGUUGGUCAAGUUCUUCAACUUGGGUAGAAGCCUCUUUUGCCUUUUGGGAAGAUUGAUUCAAAAGUCAAAGAUAUGGGGCAGAUGUUGACAACUGAAAUCAAGUAAAAUGUCGCCAGCUUAGACUUUGAUUUCAUCAUGUCAAUCUAAACUCUAAUUCUCAUAUUUAAUAUAAUUUUCUUUUCUUCUUCUUCUCUCUGUCCUUUUUCUCUCCGCUCCUUCCGUCUCUCCCCACACCAGAAAUCCCAAAUGAACCCAAAACAGCUCCUCCUCCUCUUCUUUUCUCUCUUUCUCACAAUCACUUUCUCGUUGAACGAAAGAUUUGAAGCCUGCGAUGCCAAGACAUGUGGGAACGGGCAGAACAUAAGCUACCCAUUCUACAUCCAAGGCAAGCAAAAACCCUUUUGCGGGCAGCCAGGCUUCGAGCUAACGUGCAGCCACAACGGUUUCCCAAUUCUGACUCUCAUGUACACCCCAUACACAAUCCACCAAAUUUUCUACGACAACCAAUCUCUCCGAGUGUCCAAUCCCGUCUUUUCACAACCAAACCUUUCUUCUUGUAUUGCCCCGACUCAGAACCUCACGGUCGGAAGGUACAGAUUCCGAGUCGCUCCGAACCAGAGGGAACUGUUCGUGCUGUACGGCUGCGACUCAGCGGCGCUUCAGAAAACGGUGCCGGAGCGGAGGAUCUGGUGUUCUGCGGCGGGAAACGAAACGACGUCGGUUGUGGGGUUGGAUAAGGGGGAUCGGGAUUUGGUUUCGGCGCGGGAGAGUUGUAAGGGUGGUGCUGUGAAUGCGACGGUGGAUGAUUUGAAAGGAGGGGUUAGAGAGGCGCUGCAGAGAGGGUUUUUGUUGCUUUGGAAUGCGACUAGCUGCAGCGAGUGCAAGAGUAGUGGAGGGAGGUGCGGCUUCGACAUCGACCCUCGUGUCUAUGCUUUUAGGUGUUACUGUCCUGAUAGGCCUCAUGCUGUCAAAUGUACCAAUACAGGUACAAAGGGGUUGAGUAAGGCAGGAAAACUAGUCAUAGGUUUAAGUGUUGUAAUCCUAUGCAUGUUGAUGAUUGGGUUGCUCUUACAUUGCAAAAGAAAACACAGUUCCUCAAGUGGUCAAUUCCAAACAAGAAAUACUUUUUCUAUUCCCUCCUCACCAAAUGCAGAAGUCGAAAGUGGCAGUGUGUACUUUGGAGUUCCUCUCUUCUCCUACAAGGAGCUUGCAGAAGCAACAAACCGUUUUGACCUUAAUAAACAAAUUGGAGAUGGAGGCUUUGGGACUGUCUACAAUGGGAAACUCAAAGAUGGAAGGGAAGUUGCAGUGAAGCACUUGUAUAAUCAUAACUACAGGCGAGUAGAACAGUUCAUGAAUGAAAUUCAGAUCCUCACACGUUUGCGCCACAGAAAUCUUGUGUCACUCUAUGGCUGCACUUCACGUCAGAGCCGUGAACUGCUGCUUGUGUAUGAAUACAUUCCAAAUGGCACAGUAGCCAGCCAUCUCCAUGGGGAAUUGGCAAAGCCUGGCUUACUAACGUGGUCCUUACGAAUCAAAAUCGCACUAGAGACUGCUAGUGCAUUGUCUUAUCUUCAUGCUUCUAAAAUCAUUCACCGCGAUGUCAAAACUAACAACAUUCUUCUUGACAACAGUUUCUGUGUUAAAGUUGCAGAUUUUGGCCUUUCAAGACUAUUCCCCAAUGACAUGACUCAUGUCUCCACAGCACCACAAGGGACCCCGGGUUACGUUGACCCGGAAUAUCACCAAUGCUACCAGCUAACUAGCAAGAGUGAUGUGUAUAGCUUUGGAGUUGUGCUCAUUGAGCUAAUAUCAUCUAUGCCAGCUGUUGACAUGAACAGGCAUAAGGAUGAAAUUAACUUGUCAAAUCUAGCCAUAAAGAAGAUCCAAGAAAGGGCAUUGAGUGAACUGGUCGACCCUUAUUUGGGUUUUGAUUCAGACAAAGAGGUGAAGAGGAUGAUAGUUGAGGUGGCAGAGUUGGCCUUUCAAUGUUUGCAACAGGACAGGGAAUUGAGACCUCCCAUGGAUGAAGUCCUUGAGGUAUUGAAGAGAAUUGAAAGUGGGAAGGAUGAGCUAAAGCAUCUAGAAGAAGCAGUUCAUGGUUCUGGUUCUGGGGUUUCACAUAAUGUAACAACCUCAUCAUUGGAUGAAGCUGGAUUGUUGAAGAAUAGGAAGCCACCUUCUUCACCAAUAUCCGUUACUGAUAGUUGGGAAAGUAAAUCCACUACGCCUAAUGCCAGUUCUUAAUCACUUGGCCUAUUAUCUGAUAGUGAUACUUAAUCCAUUCUAGCAUUAGAAGCUUUCAGCAUUCAUUGUUAGUUGAAAAUGAGUGAAUCUGAGCAUCAUUUAUCAUGUGAUCCACUUGUAUAGUUAUAGGAUGAUUAUAUUAAGCGGAAUAUCAUAGUCAAGCCAGAAGUUGAGGGAAUAUAAAUUUGAAUAUUCAGAAUAAAAGAAAAUAUAGUUGUUGAUUCUA